CCGAUCAAGUGACGUGCAGUAUCAUUAGGUACCCUACCGCGGCGGGGGAUGUGAUCUUUCUUGCAUCUCUCUGAAACAUACCCCUUGACUGUGUAUGGGAGGGAUCGAAAUGAGUCUUGUUUCUUGUUUCUUGUUUUGGUAAUAUGAGGUUAUACACGUCAUGUGAUGGUAUACCAUAGAAGAUUGGCAAGGAAAGAGCACCGGCCAUUCUUUCCUCCAGCACGAAAGCCCUACAUGCGAGUCGCCCGUGUCUUCAAGCAGAAGCAAAGAUGAUGGCCUCCAACUUCUCAGCCUACCGGGAAACUAUCACUAUUUCGCGGAAUAUGCGAAUCCCCAGCCGAUGGCCCCUCCACGAGCGUUGCCUCCGCCCCCGAUUUCUUCUCGGCCACUGAAGGGAUAUCCCGUAUCGCCCUUAUCGGCCCAGAAGUUUCUAAGCGGGAAGGUCGUCGGUUUGUUAUUUCUCGGAACGUUUUGCAUAUUCUUCGUCGGAGUGUUCUUUUGGAAGAUAGGCGCUGUCAUUCGUUUCUUUACGCAGGAUCGAUUUCUCGGGGAACACAAGAUUAAGACUGAGCGCUACGCCAGGACGUGGUAUGGCUGGGUACCAUUGGCUCGCCAUGAGGCCAAUAAGAGAGUAAUAAACAGAUGCAUGAGAAAAGUGCGAGGAUGGCUGAGCUGGCGAUCUUCACGUCUUGACUAUCGCUGGGUUUGGUGGGACCCUGGUGAGCAGGAGGCACAGAAGCACAAGGAACGAGAGACGAUGAGAUGGUUCCCAACGUUGAUUUCGAGCUACGAAUGCCCUACCGCAGAUUCAAUUUGGAAUCCUGGGCCUCCUCCCGAGAUUCGAAGCUCACUUAACGUCGAGGAGAACCGACGUCCUUGCCCAAACCCGACAGACGGCGAGCCCGCCACGACAACUCGCUUGACAAGAGUGAGACGGACAAGCCCUUCAGAAUCUCGUGCAGAAGAUCAUCCUCUCAAAAGGGUGCCAUCUUUCAGGUACCGACAGUCGUUUACAAGCAUCAAUCCUUAUCACAUAUGUCAGCAACCAUUCAUUGUCGCUCCCGUGAUUUACGUACCACCUGAACCGACAUCCCAAUAUUGCAGCCCAGAAUUGGAAGUUCGAAGAAAUACGGCCCAGUUGCACACAGCACAAUCCGAAGAUCUCCCUAUAAAUUCAUUUGGCACCAGGGAUUGGAAGGACUGUGGGAGGCUCUUAAGGAGAACCGUGUCUCUACCGUCAAUGAUCAAGCUUACGAGUCCUUCUGUAGUGAAUCCUGUGUCUGAUAAGAAAGCGCAAAAGAGUCCUAUCAUGAAGACUGGGUUGGUAAAGACCCGCCCGCAGGCUGCUCGUCUGUCACGCAAGUAUCAAGCCUGGGCUUCCCGGAUGCAGAUACAGACUCGAAAUUCCGCGAGCAGAUUUCACGGAAUAUCAGGUCGGCCGGGAAGCCCGCUUUCUGAAAUCUUGAAGAGCAUCUCUUCCGAACAGAGCGCGUACACGACUCGCUUGAGUGGCACACAGAACUCUGAAUCCUUUCAAGGAUGUUCUACAGAUGAGGCAAACCCGCCUGCAGCUGAGAUUGGCGACCAUGGCCCUCUACAUGAGGACAGAGACGGUUUACAGACGAUGUCAAAGAUGAGAAAUCCAAGUCAUAUGAAAUAUGAGUCGCUUUCACGACCUCAUCUUUUUACGGCUUCGGCUAUCCUUACUCCAGAAAUACCAAGGUACAGGCCCUUGCAAAUGCGGGAUCCCAAUUGUCCUAUGCAACAUGAGAGAAUCGAGGAACACGCUGGUCGCAGGCGUGUGACUUUUCAGGGAAUUCCAAAUACCGAAGCCCAUAGAGCGCCACAGCAAUCAGUUCCACUUCGACACCUGAGCAAUCCCGAAGUCAGACUCAUAUAUAACCUUGACAGAAGACUUGAAUGGCUUCUAAAUGAACUUGACCCUGGGCGGAAACCGUUCCAUUUCGCGACUCUUGCGAACCACUGGUUGAACACUGAGACCUGGCUCGUGUAUGACCCACCCUGCCGAGUAUCUCAGGAAUACAGGCGGCGAUACGGGGAUCCAAGGUGCAGGGCGCAAUUCGCGGAUGGGAGAAAUGAAUCAAGAAGACCAAAAUACCCCCCGACUGUUCAGAGAAGAGCCCACACACCUCGGAUAGAUUCAUGGAGACUUGCGGUUAACAAGCAACGCAAAACAGCUGGUCUUCAGGAUUUCCUGAGGGAUAUUGAGCUAUUUGACGGUUCCGCUGAUGAAGUUCCCGAUGGAAAGAUUGACCCGUCCAGCUGGAUCCUGCGAAAGCCACCACAGGGGUUCCCAAUUUCCAACAAGCAGAAAGAUUGUUUCUGGCAGGGAGCUUCCGUGUGGCAAGAGCCCUUAGAAGAAUGGCAGAAAGUCAAGUAUAGCUAUCGUAUCGAGAAAAAGAUCAACGAGGCUAGGGUCAACCGAACGAGAGAUCUAAGACGAGUAGCUCGAGGAGUGACAAAGAUCUAUAGGACGACAGCAAAGAAACUUCCACAGACUCCGAUAGGACGGAGAACGAAGCGAGACCUCAACACUGGAAGAGAGCGGAGACAAGCACGCUCAGGCAAUGGCUCAAUGGGAAGGACACGAACAACUCGAGACAGCAUACGGGGAGACACUGAAACGUAUAUUCCGGAAGAGAUUCAGCUGUGUCGGACAUCAGGUCAUAUUCCUACUAUCAGACAGACUUCAGCUCUGACUGGAGAAGACACCAGUCUCACAGAUCCGAUAGGAGAUCGUGAUGGUAUCCAUACGAUGGAAAAUGGAUAACGGGAUACGCCGAGGCACAUUCUUAGAAGGUUCUACGCCGCGCUCUUUUCAUCGCCAUGUCAUAUAGCAACUAUUAUGCUUCAUGCUUAAGGUUGACAGAUGGUCGCUGGGAACCAAACAGUCUCUUGGAUAUCUAUACUGCUUGUUUCGAGUCUGCAUGUUGGUAGAAAACAGAGCGGUAUUCAGCCAUCAUCGGAGGUGAUCAUAAUU